AAUAAUGGGACGGAGCAUAUCCCGGUCGCCGUCGUAUUCUCGACGGUCUCGAUCCCCGGUGAAUCGUCAUCGCAGCAGUCGCCGGAGCCGACGUGACCGAAGCCGCUCACCCUAUUCCAGCAGGAGAAAGAGUCGCUCUGGUACCCCUCACCGCCGUCGGAGCCGUUCUCCAGCUACAAGGCGCAAAAGAAGUCGGUCCCCGACGACUAGGCGUCAUAGGAGACGACGAAGUCACAGUUCCUCAGAGUCUCCUGUACCUAAGUCUCGAAGUCCUAGUCUUACAUCCACUGAGCGUAAAAGUGCUGCUGAAAAAUUGAAAAAAGAAGAAGAAGAAAAAAAAAGGCUACAGCUAGAGGCAGAACUCAAGCAAUUAGAAGAGGAAACUGCAAAGAGAUUGGAGGAAGAAAUAAGGAAAAGGGUCGAGGAAAAGUUAAAUUCAGAGGAAGUUAAGCUGGAAAUAGAGAGGCGAAUAGAAGAAGGUCAUAGAAAACUGUUUGAAGAUGUUGAAAUUCAACUUGAAAAAGAAAAGCAAGCUGCUCUUACGGAGGCAAGGCUAAAAGAAGAAAAGGCACGAAAAGAGAGAGAGGAGCUGGACAAAAUGCUUGAGGAGAAUCGAAGGAGGGUACAAGAGGCUCAAAGGAGAGAGGCUCUUGAGGCACAGCGAAAAGAGGAAGAGCGACUUCGGGAGUUAGAGCUCAUUCAAAGACAAAAGGAGGAGGCUGCUCUAAGGAAAAAACUUGAGGAAGAAAAUCUAAGGAAACUAUCGAGCAAAAAUAAGUCUAGGACCAACUCGAUUGGUCUAUAAAAGCACACUCUCUUGAGAUUCUCAUGCUCAGAUGUAAUUGGAUAAAGAUAUCCGGCAUUAUGUGUCAAACAUGGAGAGUCGUAGAACCAAGAUUAGCUGAUUUUUGGAAGUUCACUCGACCAGAAUGAUAUCACCAGGGCUCAACUCAAAGUCUCCAUUGCAGGUUUCUACAAUUGCAAGAGUUUCUACAUCUUCAAUUCAUGGCUAAUGCUGUUAAUCACUGUAUUUUGUAAACUUAUAGGGGACAAACAAAACAAUAACUGAUUGGUGAAAGUUUGUUCAUG